UACCUUGUAGUAAUGGCCGAAAAUUCUCGCACGAAGCGUAUUUCUUGAGAGUGGUCAGAAGUAAUUAAAAUUAAUUUGAAUGUUACUGGUACAUGAUAAUGUACGUCCACAUAUAUUUGUAUAUGAAUAAAAGUGACAGUGCUUAAAAUAGUGUCAGAAUUUCCCAUAGUGGGUGAGGUGGGAUUAGCAGUAUGCCGUUUCCGCCCCCUCCACCUCCACCUGGGCCACCAGCACCGACAUUUGGGAGAGGAGGCCCCCAAACUUUACAUGCAGAUGGAGAAGGUAGAAAUAUUUUGCUGGAUUCUAUACGUCAAGGAACCACGUUGAAGAAAACUGUUACAAAUGAUCGUAGCUCACCCAUGAUAGGUCAAGUGAGCAGUGUCUCCAACAGUAAUAAUAAGAGUAGCAGUAGCAGUAAUCCUAGAAGCAACAAUUAUGGAGGUGCUUCAGACAUGUCACGAAAUGGGCUUGGUGGACUUUUUGCAGGUGGAAUGCCCAAACUGAAGCCCACUGGACGAGGAUACAAUGCCAGUAACACGUCUCAGAGCAUGUCUAGAAGCUCAGGAUCAGAAAAACCCAGUUUAUCAUCAUCACAGAAUGGACUAAGCAGUAAAGUGCACAUACCGUCUGCUAGUCCUGGAUGUGGUCGGAAUCAGCAUGGCUGUGCUCCAAAAAAUCAUAAAUCUGUCCUCAGUAGACCUGGAUUCAAGUUCAAUGAAACAUCUGCGACAGGGAGCGAAGAUCCUGUCCGCAGACCGUUUCCAGGAGAUGUUAAAAACAGAGGGCCUCCCCCGCAGCCUCCUCCAUCUACACAGAAACCUUCUAUGCCUACAAGCACAUCAGAUUCUGUACUGACAGGCAGUAGCUCAGCUUUAAAUGUACGGACAGGAAGUAACAGCACUUUCAACAACCAUGAUCACGUGAAUAACCGAAGCUUCCUACAUAGUGGUGGUCCUCCUUCCCUUCCCAGCAAACCACCUGUAGGGGGUUACGGUAAGCCAAACUUGGCACCCAAACCUCCUGGUAUUGCUCCAAAUGCUGCCAGCAUCACCAAUAAACCGUCGCCACCUCCUAAGAAACUAAUAGUAAAUGGUACAGUGGGAAACACAAAUAGACCUCCUGUGACACGUGCACAGAGUAUGCGUGUGCCAAGAUCACCGCCUGUUGCUCCUCCUCAGGGUCCUCCUUUUCCACCAUCAACAAAGAAUCUAGGGAAUUACCGUGGAGGCAAUUCAGUUUUACCAUCAUUCCAUCAGUCCCAGGACUCAUUACAUCAAUAUCGUACAAAUCCUCCUCCUCCCCCAAGAACUGCAACAUUGCCCUCAAAUUUAAGUCAUCAUGGAUUGAAGUCAUCUGCUCCGCAACCUCCUGCAACGCCAUCUUCAGGUUUUCAUAGAUCUGGAAUGGCGCCUCCCCCAAGACCUCCUGUGGCCCGACCACCACCACCCCCAUUUCGGUCAUUAGGUGGAGGAGUAAAUCCUCCGCUAUGUCCACCACCACCGCCGCCAACAUCUGCACCACCACCACCCCCGCAUAGAACUUCACCUGCACCUCAUCCGCCCUCAGCACAGACAAGACUGGCUCCAGCCGUUCCAAGUUCUGCUCCUCCUCCUCCUCCGCCAGUUCGGAAUACUUCAAUACGAAAUGGGGCAUCAUCAUCUUGCAGUGAAAUAGAGUCCAGGUUUUCUGACUGUUUUCAUUCUGUGCAUGAAUUUCCAACUCCGCAACCGUUCCAGAGGGUUUUUAAAGUUUACAACAGUAGAAAUGUAAAACAGUUGGUAACAUAUGCUGCUAAGCAACAGGCCCCACAGCCACCCAUGCACAUCCAGUUGAGUGGCAAGAUGUACAGUAGUGAUACAUCCAACUGCUAGCAGCUUGUGCUCAGGAUGACUGCUGUUUAAUUGGUGUGGUGCUAAAAUAAUAAAGACUAAGGAGCUGCAGGUACGGUCUCAGCUUGGCCAAUAAAUGUCAAUGGGCAGACAAAUAUUACUGUAUUUUCUCAAAUACCCUUCAUUCUUGAAGAAACCAUGCACACCAUGUCUUAAGAAAUAACAAUUUUUUAUUUGAAUUGGUUGAAGUAUUAACAUAUACGUGUUGAGACUAAGCGUUCUGGUAUAUAGUGACUUUAAAUUAAAAUGUGGUGUUCUUCAUUUAUUUCUUCUGCAGCCUUGUAUUUUGCAGGAUCUGUUUUCCUGCAGUAUGAGAAUGGUGCAUGUUAAUAUUUCAGCGGCAUUGUGUCACUACUAAGAUGUUACGUGUUCAAAUCAAACAUUAAAUUGUGCAAGCUUGAGGUAAAAAUAUUUAUCACUCCACAACAUGGUGAAGAUCUGUGUCCUGUAAAUAGUCGUCCCCUGUACCGUGAUGGUCGUCAUCAGUUCCACACUUAUUAAAGCUCGUUUUAACCGACGUGGGUAGAAUUCAUGCUCACGCAUUUAUUGUCCACAUGCAAAGUGGCUUGAUUUUCCUCGGUGGUGUGAAUGUAUUUUUCCCUGUAGUUAUCCAUUUUGUGUAUUGUUUUUGCAUUGCAGCUAUAAAUAUAAUUACAUUUUUUUUUUCAAACAUUCUAACCAUCAAUCAUCAGUUUGUCUCGAAACCUUGGAUUCCAUGUUCUUUUGCUGCUGCUGCUAGGGCUUUUAACUGGCACAAUUUGAUUUAUACUGCACAUUGGAACUGCUGCUUGUUGCUUAUUUACAAUGCUUUUGUUCUCUUUCAGGAUAUUUUACUUUCUAUUCUCAGGAAGCCCUCAGACUACCAGUGCUUUGCAGUAUCAACUCUUUUGUUUCCCUUCCAUGCCAUUCCUUAAAAAUAUUUUCUAUCAGCAUGCAGUUACUGAUUUCUUCCCCUCUUGAGUUAUUUUCAGUUUUUCACAACUGUGAGAGAUCGUAAAAGCGCAUGUUUAGCAGAAUGCGUGACACCUCAGUACCUUACAGAUUAACAUCCACUUGUACUCUAUGGCUGCACUUGGUUUGGCAACAUGGAUAUACGAAAUCAACAGGAAGUUUUGACAUUUAUAAUGGAAUUUGGAAUGAUUACUGUUGCCAACAUUGUCACGAAUAAGCCACACAUUCCAUUUUUUUUUAAGGAAAAGUGUUUGGGGUAUUUGACAAAAUGCUGUAGGUAUUUAUUUUUAACUCUAGUAACUUUCUAAGAGCUUAGGUGAAUAGGUAGGCCUGUCUGUCAGUCAACAUUUAUAAUCAAUUAACUGUUUAUAAUGGAUUAAUCAAUAAAUUACUUUGCUAAUAGUGGUUCACAAUGGUUUAUUAAUUUAUUAAGUGAAUAAUAAACAUGAUAUUGAAUCUGUGACAAGAAAACAUUAAUUCAUUACAUUUUGCAGUUUGGACAGUGUGGAGACCAUUUGAUAAAGUUUUGAUGAUCACAGUAAUAUUUAAGCUACAUUUUCACUUCUGAAUUGUGCAAAUUAAUGAUGUAAAAUAACAUGUAUUAACUACUUAUCAGUAACAUAAUUACUCAUCUUGAUUAAUUAGGUAUAACAGCCAUGGUAAUAACAUUAAUGUAACCACAGGUGGCCAAUUUUGAAGUUCCAGUGAACAGUCCAGCAGUCCGUUAUUGAAAUUUAUGACUGGGCAUGAUUCAAUGAGAAAGAAGUAAACAUUUGUUUUGAUAUUUAAUUUGACUUUCAAAAUAAAGUCUUCAGAUGCCAAGUGUACAAUCCAUGCUGAAACUGGUGAAUCCAAAGUAACUAGAAUGCAAGGAAAUGUUGGCAUAACUGGAUGCUGUGUACAUGUGUUUGUAAGAAGAUUAAAAAAACAGUUGUGUACAUUUGAAACCAAACCGCAUUUCUGUUCUCAAGUACACAUUCUUUGUUAUUGUCACUAAAAAUGUACAUGUGCAUUAUCUCACUGCCAUUAAAAAGAAUUGUGUGACUUAUAUGACA